CUCAGACGAAAGCGUAAGGUCAAGGUAGUUGAGACGGUCACGGCCGUAUAUAUAUAGGGUCGUGGAUACAGCGGCAGUAAGUGCUUUCGACGCUUCAGUUCACAAGUCCACAGAAAACAUCAACAGAUCCAAAAAUGUCGAUCACCAAAAUCAAGGCACGCCAGAUCUUUGACAGCCGAGGCAAUCCCACAGUGGAGGUGGACUUAUUCACACCCCUAGGUAUGUUCCGAGCUGCUGUGCCUAGUGGAGCAUCAACUGGUAUCCAUGAAGCUGUUGAGCUGAGGGAUGAAGGCAAGGAUUACAUGGGCAAAGGUGUUCAAAAGGCUGUUUCUAAUGUUAAUGAUGUGCUGGGACCAUCUCUGAUUAAAAAGAAUGUCAACCUUUCUGACCAGAAAGCAAUUGACAAGAUACUGUGUGAGAUAGAUGGAACAGAAAACAAAGGCAAGAUGGGUGCCAAUGCCAUCCUGGCUAUUUCAAUGGCUGCCUGCAAAGCUGGAGCCGCACAGAAGGGAGUGCCACUUUACCAGCACAUCGCAGACCUGGCUGGCAACAAGCGUCUGAUACUGCCAGUUCCUGCCUUCAAUGUCAUUAAUGGUGGCAGCCAUGCUGGCAACAAAUUGGCCAUGCAAGAAUUCAUGAUACUGCCCACAGGAGCUACUUCUUUCACCGAAGCUAUGAAGAUGGGAUCAGAAACAUAUCAUCACCUGAAGUCUGUCAUCAAGAAGAAAUAUGGCCAAGAUGCAUGCAAUGUGGGGGACGAGGGUGGCUUUGCACCCAACAUUCAGGAGAAUGAGGAAGGUUUGGAACUGCUAAGGGAAGCUAUUGAAAAAGCUGGGUACACUGGAAAAAUUAAGAUUGGCAUGGAUGUGGCUGCUUCAGAGUUCUACAAAGAGGGCAAAUAUGACCUUGACUUCAAAAAUAAGGACUCUAACCCAGAAUCAUGGAUCUCCUCUGAUCAGCUGGCUGCCAUGUACGAUGGUUUCGUCAGCAAAUACCCAGUGGUUUCUAUUGAAGAUCCUUUCGAUCAGGAUGAUUGGAAAGCAUAUGCCCAGUUCACUGCUAACAGCAAAAUCCAGAUUGUUGGAGAUGACCUUCUGGUCACCAACCCCAAGCGAGUGAAGAUGGGCAUCGAGAAGAAAGCCUGCAAUGCUUUGCUCUUGAAAGUCAACCAGAUUGGAACUGUCACUGAAGCUAUUGAGGCCUGCAAGAUGUCCCAGAGUGCUGGCUGGGGUGUCAUGGUCUCUCAUCGCAGUGGGGAAACAGAGGACACUUUCAUUGCAGACCUUGUGGUUGGGCUAGCAACAGGACAGAUCAAGACUGGUGCACCUUGUCGUUCUGAGAGAUUGGCCAAGUACAAUCAGAUCCUGCGCAUCGAAGAAGAUCUGGGCUCUAGAGCUGUUUUUGCAGGAGAGAAGUUCAGAAGACCCCUUGAUUAAACAGGCAAAUGUUUGAUGUGUUACAAUUAGUGGACAACGUACAUCCCAGUUUUUUGUUUUACACUUUUUCAGAGUGGUGAUGCAGACAAACCAGAACUUUUCUCUUUGGCAACUGGUGUGAUGCUUUUGUGACUCAGCAGCCUUCUAGCUGUUGAUGGGAACUUUGUUUUAAUGAAGUGAAGAUGACAUCUAACACAAGCUAUACUUUAAAUUUUUUCUAUGGUUUAUGUUUUCACAUUAUUCAACCCCCAUUAAUUUCUUUCCCUCGUCUUUUAUCAGUGGACAAAGGAGAUGUGGUAGUGCUGUUUCUUUGGGAUAUGAUGAAAAUCAAGAAUCUUUUCUUUUGAUUCUAAGGCAUAUUGCAGGCACAGUUUUCAGGACUGAUCCAGCUUUACCUUUCCAUUCAAAACAUUCACUUGUGGACAUUUAAAAUAUUACCUUCUCAUAAGUGCAGAAUGUUGUUGCCAUAGAUCAGUCUACCAUGGAUCUCAUGGAACUGCAAUAAAAUUCUAAAAUGUCAACAAUAGAUGCAAUAAGUUUGUUACUUAAUUACUUUUUCUUUCUUUUUUCCUCUUGAUCUCCACUUCCCAUGAUUUAGAGGCAAUAAGCUUGAGCUUCUCCAUCACCAUGAGUGUUUGCAUCAUUUGCUCUUUUUUUCAAAGUUGAUAAUUAAACCCAAGUCAAGUAUGAGCAUUGGUCUCAUUCUAGAAGUUGACAUAGAAAAUUCCUCUGCAAGCAGUCCAGAGAUGUCUGUUAUUCUGCAUGCGAUGUUGAGUGGUGAUUUUCUCAUCAAAAGAAGCUGCACAAACUUCCACACCUUGUGUCCCAAGUCAGAGCAUAGUGUGAAACACCAUGAUGUAAUUUUUGUGUCUUAUCAUUAUGUGGAAAUACAUUCUGUCCGCUUAAGAACGAGUUUGAAUGUUUACUUUUAGUCGCACAAUAAUGCUAUCAAUUUACUUGUUUUAGCCUUUGUUGUUCUGUCUUUUGUGUGUCAUAGAAUAAAACAUCUAUGAUGAUUUUGUAAACCACUUAAUACUUAGGCUUCAAAUAAAUGUUGAAAUUGCA